AUGUUUGGUCCCACGAACUCAGGAGUCCGACUCGGAAUCGGCACGCAAAGUGGCCGGACGCCCCCUCCUCUUGAACUCUGGAGGAACGUCCCUAUACGAAGCUCACACGUGAAGGUAUCGUUGUUGGGAACACAUACCUGCUUGGCUGCUUGGUGCUUGCCGCCAUCACCGCUUACAGAUCCACCUUCAGGUCACAUUGGUCCCACCAAGAUCCGGACAGGACAGGCAGGGUUAUCAAUGCAGCAGCUUGGCUUUCCUCGGUUGUCUUCAACACCGCCCGACAAUAUGGAAACCCAGCAGCAACUUCGCAGACUGUACCAGAACUGCAUCACCGGCAGUCACGUCCUUCACUACCACGGGAUUCUGGAUGCCUACGGGCAUCUGUCGUUCCGACAUCCGUCAACACCAAGCAUCUUUAUCAUGCCUCGCAAUAUGGCCCCCGCAAACAUCGCUUCCCCACAAGACCUGGUGGAGUACAAUGUGUCUGAUGCAACUCCGGUUGACAGCAACGCUCCCGCAGGCUACAUCGAAAGGUACAUCCACAGCGAGAUAUACAAAAGGUAUCCGGGCGUCAACAGCGUCAUCCACAGCCAUGCUAGCGCAGUUGUUCCUUACACUAUCUCCGGCACAGGAGUACCCUUGAAGCCAUGCCUUCAUAUGGCCGGGUUCCUAGGACCCUCAACCCCUGUUUAUGAUGUCGCAAAGCAUUACGAGCCCGGCACGACUCGUGACCUCUUGAUUCGCAGUCUCCACUUGGGAGAAUCGCUUGCCGCCUGCUUCCGUGCCGCAGAUGCAAGCACACAGACCGGCAAGGAUGAGCCAGACCAUUCUGUCGUCCUCAUGCGCGGUCACGGGUAUACAGUAGCUGCACGGAGCAUCGAGGAAUGCGUGUUCCGCGCCAUAUACACAAGAGAGAAUGCGGCUAUUCAGACAGCGAGCCUCGGUCUCAGCGCUGCAUACCGUGGCACAGGAGAACCGCCCACAGAGAUCCACUAUCUGCGUGACGACGAGAUCAAGGGGGCGACGGGGAUCGCGUUGACUGGAUGGGCGCGGGCUUGGGGAUUAUGGGUGCGAGAGGUCGAAGCCGCCAAUUUGUACGCGACCAGUGGUUGA